UUUCUUUCGAAUUUCGAAUUAAAUUUUUAAUAUUUACGAUAAGAUCUAGCAAAGAGGAUAAGGGGAAUUUAUGUAAAUAUUAUAGAAAUUGGCGUUGAGGUGGAUUGGGGAAUGUUGUUGGAGGCUGGUUUCAUCAGAAGAACAGCGAUAUGGGCUUUGGAAUUGGAUUUCUUCUGAAGUAUGUUGUUGUCCUUGUUAAGCAAGCGUUCAUUGAAUGAUGAUUCCAGGGAUGCCUAUGGAUUUACUGUGAGACCUCAGCAUAUUCAUCGAUACCGUGAAUACGCCAACAUCUAUAAGGAAGAAGAAGAAGAGAGAUUGCAGAAAUGGAAGACCUUUCUCGAGCAGCAAGUGGGGUCCACUAGCGCACAUGAGUUUAACGAAGCUAAUACUAGAGAUGUGGUUUCCGAGGUUACUAAGCAGUCAAAUGAUCCUGCCGAAACGGUGAGUGGAGAAAGCGAUGAUUCGAAUGAACCUGCUCGAAAUGAAACGGUGAGUGGAGAAAGCGAAAAGAGGUCUGAUAAUGACACUGAGGAGGAAGGUAUUAUUCCUAAUAAGGAAGCUCCUGUUACUACCCAACAUGCAAAAUCCCUCGAGGUGCAGACAUGGGCUAAGAUUAGCCCGUCUCUGGAUUCCAUUGAACAAAUGUUGAGUACACGUGUAAAGAAGAGAAAAAACAUGGAGGGCAAAACGGUAAAACACGGGCACAAUGACCUUCCAGCGAUCGAUGAGGCAAAAUCCGAAUCUGAAGAUGCUGAUGAUGAUGACGACGACAAGGAUGAAAUGGAUAGUGUAAAUGCUUCUGAAGUAGAAAUUAGUGCUAGCGAUAAAAUGUACCCGGAACCUUUUUUCCCUAGGAGAGAAGAAUUAGAGUUUCUUGUUCGAGGGGGAGUGCCUAAGGAACUUAGAGGAGAGGUGUGGCAAGCCUUUGUUGGUGUUAGAACUCGUCGAGUGGAAACAUAUUACCAGGAUUUGCUGGCAACGAAAGAUGAUGAUGCUAGCGGUGGACAAGAGCAUGAUAAAUAUGAUUUGCCAGAAAAGUGGAGAAAGCAGAUUGAGAAGGAUCUGCCUCGAACAUUUCCAGGGCAUCCUGCAUUAAAUGAGAAAGGGAGAAAUUCACUAAGGCGUGUACUUUCGGCAUAUGCUCGGCAUAACCCCUCUGUUGGAUACUGCCAGGCGAUGAAUUUUUUUGCGGGCUUAUUACUUCUGAUGAUGCCGGAGGAAAAUGCUUUUUGGACAUUGGUAGGUAUAAUCGAUGACUAUUUUGAGGAUUAUUUCUCGCAAGAAAUGAUAGAAUCCCAGGUUGACCAGCUAGUUUUUGAGGACUUGAUGCGUGAAAGGUUCCCUAAACUGGUGAAUCAUCUUGAUUACUUGGGAGUCGAGGUAGCAUGGAUAUGUGGGCCAUGGUUCCUUUCAAUCUUUGUAAAUAUGCUUCCGUGGGAAAGUGUUCUCCGAGUCUGGGACGUGAUUCUGUUUGAAGGAAACCGUGUCAUGCUCUUCCGUACCGCACUUGCUUUGAUGGAUUUAUACGGACCUGCCGUAGUUACAACUAAGGAUGCUGGAGAUGCUAUAACAUUGUUCCAAACACUUGCGGGGUCCACAUUCGAUAGCAGCCAGCUUGUCUUGACUGCUUGCAUGGGUUUCUUGACCAUAACCGAAGAUAGACUGCAAGAACUUAGAGAGAAGCAUCGGCCAGCUAUACUUGCAGCAGCCGAGGAAAGGGCAAAAGGGGGUCGAGUUUUUAAAGAUCCAAAGGGUCUCGCAACUAAGUUAUACAGUUUCAAACAUGACCCUGAGUCAAUAGUGAAAGAGAACAAGACAGAAACAGAUAAAAUCGAUAAAAUGACGAAUCUAGAUUCUCAUGGUGCCAACCUGGAUGAAAUUCUUAAUGGCAUAACAGUUGAUUCUGAAGUAGAUUCUCUUCCGGAUCUUCAGGAACAGGUUGUUUGGUUGAAGGUCGAGCUCUGCAGUUUGCUGGAGGAGAAGAGAUCUGCUGUGCUCAGGGCUGAAGAAUUAGAAGCUGCACUUAUGGAGAUGGUCACAGAAGAUAAUCGAAGGGAACUGACUGCAAGGGUCGAGCAAUUGGAGCAAGAGGUUGCUGAACUACGGCAGGCUUUAGCUGAUAAGAGAGAAGGGGAGAAAGCUAUGCUUCAGGUUUUGAUGAAAGUCGAGCAAGAACAAAGAGUAACUGAAGAAGCUCGACGAUUUGCUGAACAAGAUGCUGCAGCUCAGAGAUACACAGUGCAUAUUCUUGAGGAAAAGUACGAAAAGGCCACGGCUUCCCUGACUCAGUUGGAAAAGCGGGCUGUUAUGGCUGAGUCAAUGCUGGAAGCCACGUUGCAGUACGAAUCUGGUCAAAGUAAAGCCCUAUCUUCCCCAAGGCUUGGGCGUUUAGAAUCUCCGCGGGAUAUGCCAAUAAAGAAGACAGGUCUACUCUCAUUUGGGCUGGGUUGGCGAGACAAGAACAAGGGAAAACCGAGUAACGAUGGUGCACCACCUGAUGCUGAAACUAACGGCCCCCAACAAUAGAGAAAAUGAAAAAGGUGAAAAACGAGCUCCUUCGAUUUAUGUAACCGAACAAUGGAGUUUAUAGAAAUCCAUAUAUAUAAACUGUACAUAAGCGAAAACCCCAUGCAUCUUUUGAUAUUGUUAGACUUCGAUAGCUAACCUUUUUUAAAAACUUGACGAUUGCUAGACAAUAUGAUUCGAUGUAGUAUUUACAUACGUAUAUAGGGUUAAUGUUUACUGAUACUACACUUUUGUUUUUUUAACUUAUAUAUGUGUGUUUAUAUGAUCACUGAUUAAGAGAGUGUUUGGAUAAGUUUA